AUGAGUACCAAAGUGAGCGACUCUCUGGUUCCAGCAUUUGUACAGAAAUAUUGCACGCAUUAUAAGCAUGAAUAUAAUGGUGCGGCCAAUGCAGUCGCGACUACAUGCAGUCAAGUUUUUUCGAACAGUGGAAUAUAUCAUGCUGUGAAGUUUCGUGCCAAGCACCCCAAGAGUCUGGAAACUAAGAUCUUGAACCUCGAAUUUCGUCAAGGUCAUGCAUACAAAUCCUUUGAAGACAUACGAGAAGAGAUCAAAGAUUUCGCUGGUGUCCGCAUUUUGGUCGAUUUUCCGAAAGACAUGGAUAAAGUUGGAACCCUCAUAAAGCAAUCAUUCAUGGUUUUUCAAGAGGUCUCGCAUCCAAAGGAAAAUAAUUCCAAGAACUAUCAUGCAGAUCACUAUCAUGUCCGUCUUCAUGGCUCUCAGGGAGAGGUGGUAGUUGAGAUUCAAGUUUCACCUACCGUGCGCGCUCCUUACCAUAACAUGGAACAUGAAAUAAUAUACAAGGCGAAAAAAACACCAACACGCGCACAGUGUCAAGGACUAGAGAUUCAAGGUGGUCUAGCCGAUAUGUCUGAGAUGAAUCUUAGACAUUUUGCUGAGAAUGAAGCUCACCAGGCAGGGAAGAAGGCUAGACCUUUAGAAGGUCUUAAUGAUGUCGGUCAUCACUCGCAAAAGUGGAUUCGCCAGCGGCCCAAUGAGUGGUUCCACUCCAAGGAAUUAGGACUUUGCACAUCUAUCAGAGCAUUUUUAGAGAAACAAGACAAGGCUACUGUUGGCAAUUUGCUUGAAAUUCUAGAGAUGACUCUGGGACCUGAUUCUGAGUCGCAAUAUUUAGAGGUUGCGUGCCAGUACCCAAACCACAAUCCAGACCUUGUGGUAUUUAUCAUGGAUCGUAUGUUGCUUACUGAUAAAGUUCAAUAUCCGGAUUUCGAAAGUUGGAACAAUGCCCACGAGGCUCAUGUCUACAAGAUCAAAACUUUGACAAGUACCAUCGGAUGGCUUUCAAGAAUCUGGAAGGUGUCAUUGGAAUGGCGGAAAAUCUUUGCUAGAGCUCAUGACAAAUCGUCUUUGCGGGAAGGAUUGAGUUGGCUUGGUAGUACCAAGCAAUUUUCCUUUCUCGAUGAUAAGAUAUUAUCGGAAUUAGACGCAAAUGACGUCGAUAUCCUUGACGGGCUUUGGACCUGGUUUGAGGAACAGAAUGACAGGCCAUUCAUGUUAGCUUUCGCAAUAUCCAAAUUUGAACUUUGGAAGGACAGACGUGUUGCCUUGCCUCAUAUUCAUGAUUUGGUGGCAGCAUUGGGCCCUUUGAUGAAGCCAAAGCAGUAA